UAAAACAACGCCCAAGUAGGUCCCCCACAGUUAAAAUUGUCCCCCCAACCCGAAUUGACGUAAAUUCCAUCCAUUAGAUUGACAUGUAGCCAACUAAGCUGCUUCAUAAUCCUGCUGUCUUUUUUCUAAUUAAAGUCUUUGGCCACUUGUGUGUGACUUGCCUUCUUGCUAUAUAUCUAUAUCUGCUUCUCAUUCCCACUUUGGUCUUCAAAUUCCUCUAUUUUUUUAGUGGGUUUAGAUCUGAAAGAAAAAGAAGAAGAAGAAGCAGAAUGGGGAGGAAUGAGUAUUUGGCUAUGAAAACUGAUCCAGCCACUCAGGAUCUCAUCAACUCUGAUAUCGAUGAGUUCAAGAUUGCUGCUAAGAGACUUAUCAAUCAUGCCACUAAGCUUGGUGGCCUCAGCUUUGGGACCUCUUUUCUCAAAUGGGUCGCUUCCUUUGCUGCUAUUUAUUUGUUGAUAUUGGAUCGAACCAACUGGAGAACAAACAUGUUGACUUCACUUUUGGUUCCUUACAUUUUCUUCAGUCUUCCUACCGUGCUGUUCAAUUUUUUUAGAGGUGAGGUGGGGAGAUGGAUUGCUUUCAUUGCAAUUAUACUAAGGCUUUUCAUCCCACGACACUUCCCAGAUUGGCUGGAGAUGCCAGCUUCUCUUAUUCUUCUUCUGGUUGUGGCUCCUAGCUUCUUUGCAGACACCUUGAGGGACAGUUGGGUUAAUUUGUUGAUAUGCCUUAUCAUUGGUUGUUACCUAUUGCAAGAGCAUAUUCGAGCAUCUGGUGGAUUCAGAAAUUCCUUUACACAAACCCAUGGAAUUUCAAACACUGUUGGACUUAUUGUUUUGUUGGUCUAUCCUAUAUGGGCACUGAUCGUCCACUUCCUCUAGGCUCUAAAAUUGUCCAAGCCAUGGUUUUUCUUCAUUCCUAAACUCCAAGCAAGCAUUUUAUAUUCAGUAUUUAUAUGUGAGGCCCCAUGUAUGAUAUGUGCCAACCAUUGUGUAAGACUUCAUUUUAUUUUCUGCAUCUAUAUGUAAGACACUGUAAAUGACUAAGUGGCACUAAGUUAUCUACAUCUGUUAGUAAUUUGAAUAGAUGAAGCUUUAUUAUGAUAAAAA